CCUGCGCGCAUGCGUACGAAGCAAGGCGCAGGAGAAUCUCGGAAAACACAAAGUCUGGGGAAAAGCGGGGCGACGGACUCCGCACUUUGAGGGAGGAUUGGCCGUGUUAUUGGCAGCGGCGCCCAUGAGGUGAGGAGGCACACGAGGAGAACAUUCUCACCAGACCAAUCCUUAAGAUGGACAGUUAUUUUAAAGCAGCAGUUUCUGACUUAGACAAACUACUUGAUGAAUUUGAGCAGAAUUCAGAUGAACUCGAAGACAACAAAGCUGUAAAUCCACACGAUUCCAAGCACCAUUUAUUUUCUUCAGAAUUGGAUUAUCAGCAGCAGAGAUUUGUGGAACCAAGUGUGCAAGAGAAUAGUUGUGCUGCUACUACAUCAAAUGAAUUCUCAUUAUCAGUUCAGACUACGGAAGUUGCAAGUUUUGAACAACUGAACUUGGAACAAAAUGAGAAAAAUGUUACUGGGCUAGAUCUUCUGUCUAUGGUGGAUGAUGGUUCUUCAGAAAAAAAUCCAUCUCCUUGCCUGGGGCAAUGCAGUGUUCCAGUCUGUGAUCUUAUCAGUGAUACAGGUGGCUUGAGCCAUGUCAAAAGUAAUUCUGAGUGCAUUCAGAAGUUGCAGCCAGCUGACUUCCAGAGUAGUGGAAAUUCUCUUAUAGGCUUUGAUUUAGCAUUGGUGCCAGCCACUGCUUGUAAUUUGUCAGUAGACAGUAGUGCUGAUUCUUGUAUAGAGCUGCAGACUGGUGGGGAAGCAGUGCUGAGCAGUACAGAUGAUAAUCCAACAGAAAAUCUGCAUCAACUGGCACAAAAGGCCAGCAGCUGCACUGAGGCAAAUGUUGUGGACUCUGUUACUCAAGAAAGGACAGAAACUUUGAGUAACAACGAACUAUUCGAUCAGUUACAACAAAUUAUAGCGCUGGAUAGGACCUCGGCUUUAAUAGCACAACCUGUUUCAAAUGCACACAGUUCCAAAGAUGUCACACUGUGUGAGAAGUUGCCUUGUGAAUAUGAAAAUACAUAUUGUGCAGAUAGUCAAAUGAUACCUAGGGAAUGUGGCAAAGAAGCCAUUUUGGAUUAUGAGAAAAUUGAAUCAGUCACCUCUAACCUGCCAAAGAUCUGUGAUUUAAAUAAGGAUAGCUUAGUAUUGUCUGAUGGCUCAGUUUCAACCAAGUAUACAGUAAUUUUAGAUAAAACACCCUGCACUGAGGGAAAACCGUGUAGUCCAGUACAAAAUACCCAUCAAGGUUUAAAUACUGUUUCAACACCAGAAGUCUCUGAAGAUGUACAGACUUCUUUGUCUUGUCUUCCCCUUGCUGUGUCUAUAUGUGGGUCUCUUGUUACAAGUGAAGACAAAAAUGGGCAGAUGGCUCCGGAUGACACAGCAGACGUAGUUAGUGACAUAACUAUGCACAUAGAUAAUCACAAGACUGGUCUUCCCAGGUGGGAAUUGCAUGAAAGAAGAGAUGCUUCUGAACAGGAGGAAAAUCAAAGCACAGCCAGCCAUUCAGGUCCAGAAAAACCUGUUACAGAGAGGCAGAAGCUGGAUGGCAGUGCCAGUAAAACUGACCUUCUCAAUCCACAAGAUUUUGCUGCUACGGUUAGUUGUUCUUUAGAUGCAGCUGUGGGAACACACAGCAGCAUCCUGCCGACUGACAUUGAUGAAAGAGCUUCAGUUGAUUUCGGUAUAGAAGAAGACAUUAUUGGAAGUGACAUGCUAGUUAGUGAUGCUGAACUUGAUGCCUUCUUAUCUGAGCAUUGUCUUCAGCCUAGUAGUUUAAAGACGCUGAAGGAUGAUGCUGACGAUGAACUUCUGGAUGUGGCUCAAGACAUCUUGGUAGAAGCUAACACACCUGAUAAUGAAAAUGAUUGUUUACAGACAGAAACAGAAUUUAAGCAGGUGGAAGAAGCUUCUCCUGAUAAUUGUAAAGUAUCUAGUUCUGAACCUGAAGUGGGAGUUCUCACUGAAAAAAGCACACUGAAGGUCCAGAAGGAGACAUCAGAUCAUGUCAAUGAAACUAGGAUUGGAGUUUCAGAUCUUUUAAAUAACCAACAGAUUGUGCCUAGUGGAGGCGCAAGGCCAAAACAGUUGCUGAACCUUCCACCCAAACCCAAAAGCUGCUCCGAUUUUAGUAGUCCAAAUACACUUGAGAGUGAACCGCAGGUAGUGAAUUGCACAGUCCCAAAUACCUCUUUCCCAGAUGGGAGAAUUUGUCCUGACUCAAGUCCCAGUUGUAAUUAUGUUGACGCACAGAACUGCUUGGAAGGCCAAGCGGGGAGUGUUGUUUCAGUUGCUUCAGAACCUGCUAAAAUAGUGGAACAAGCUCUAGUUCUGGGACAGAAGCAGCCCUCCUGGAUUCCUGAUUCAGAAGCCCCAAACUGCAUGAAUUGCCAAGCCAAAUUCACAUUUACAAAGAGAAGACAUCAUUGUCGUGCAUGUGGGAAAGUUUUUUGUGGUUCCUGCUGCAAUCGAAAAUGCAAACUCCAGUAUAUGGACAAAGAAGCAAGAGUCUGCAUAAACUGCUAUGAUUCUAUUAACAAAGCACAGGCAUUUGAAAGGAUGAUGAGUCCAACUCCUAAUACUAAUUCUGGCCCAUCUGAAGAUUGUGCAGCUGUUCAGCUUUUGCAAGAAGCACAAGCAUCUGGAGUGUGCCCCAAAGAACAGAGAAGAGUUUGGUUUGCAGAUGGUAUUUUGCCCAAUGGAGAAGUUGCUGACACAACAAAACUGUCAUCUGGAGUCAGGAGAUCCCCACAGGACCUCCAUCCAGUUGAAAGCGCAGCCAAUGACAUUGCCUGUGCAAGUGAGAUUAGACCAAAGGAUGAAAUGCAUGUUACUGGGAGAAUUGAGGCCACUUCAGAAGAUAUCUCAUGUUCCACUGAAGGACAAACUGAGCAGUUACAUAAUUCUGACUCUAAGAUUCCUCAUGCUGCUGAAUUCCCUACUAUUGUUGAAGCUUCUGAGCCUCCUGUUCCUCUUGCAGCUAAUGAAACGGACGAUGUGCCAGUUAGUCCUUUGGAUUAUGGGAUGCUUUGUGAUAUUGAAAAUUGUGUGAGCAAAGAGAUCAGUCUUAUUCCUGAAGAUGAUGGAUUGCCACCUCUUCUACUUGCAAAAGGGAGAAAAGGAGAACAAUCGUUAGUGGAAGAACAUCCUUCUCAUAAGCAAGUUGCCUUACUACUUGAAGAAUCUAAUCCACUGACAUUUAUUCUAAAUGCAAAUCUUCUUGUGAAUGUCAAGAUAGUAUCUUAUGGUUCAGAAAGGUGUUGGUACAUCUCAACCAAUGGGCUGCAUAGUUUGGGGCAAUCAGAAAUUAUUAUAUUAUUAUGCUGCUUGUCAGAGGAAGAGGAUGUUCCUAAAGAAAUCUUCAGAGUACUUAUCAACAUAUAUAAGGAUGCCAUGAAAGGAAAAUUCAUAGGAAACUUGGAUAAUAUUACCUUCACUGAAGGCUUUCUUGAAAGCAAGGAGCACGGUGGAUUUCUGUUUGUUGCAUCAACUUUUCAGAAGCUGGAUGAUCUUGAGUUACCCAAAAACCCUUUCUUAUGUGGCAUUCUUAUUCAGAAGCAGGAGGUGCCUUGGGCAAAGGUUUUUCCGAUUCGCUUGAUGCUAAGAUUAGGAGCAGAAUACGGGGUAUACCCAACUCCUUUAACAAGUAUUCGACACAGAAAGCCUCUGUUUGGAGAGAUAGGACACACAGUCAUGAACUUGCUUGUUGAUCUUAGGAAUUAUCAAUAUACCUUGCAUACAAUAGAUAACUUAUUUAUUCAUAUGGAAAUGGGUAGAAGCUGUAUUAAAAUACCUCUGAACAGAUAUAAAGAGGUGAUGAAAAUUAUGAAUACGUCUAAUGAACAUGUCAUUAGCAUUGGAGCAAGUUUCAGUUCUGAAGCAGAUUCUCAUUUAGUUUGUGUACAGAACAAUGAUGGAGUCUAUCAGACUCAAGCAAACAGUGCUACUGGAGACCCUAGGAAGGUUACAGGGGCAAGCUUUGUCGUGUUCAAUGGAGCCCUGAAAACAUCUUCUGGAUUCCUUGCUAAAUCCAGUAUUGUUGAAGAUGGAUUAAUGGUACAGAUCACUCCAGAGACAAUGGAGGGGUUACGUCAAGCUUUAAGGGAAAAAAAGGACUUUAAAAUUACAUGUGGCAAAGUAGAUUCAGGUGAUCUGAGGGAAUAUGUGGACAUUUGCUGGGUGCAGAAUGAAGAGAAAACAAAUAUGAGAAUUACAAGUCCAAUAGAUGGAAAGUCAAUGGAAGGAGUUCAAAGUGAAAAAAUAGUUCAAGAAGAAGAUUUUGAAAUGGAUGGAAAACUUAUAAAGUGUACUGAAGUGUUCUAUCUCAUAAAGGCUGGUGAACUAUCCAACCAUCCUCCUUACCAGUUUGCUAAAGAAAUUGCAUUGGCUUGCUGUGCUGCUCUUCGCCCUCAUCUCAGAACUCUGAAAAAUAAUGGAAUGAACAAGAUAGGCCUUCGAGUCUCGAUGGAUACUGACAUGGUGGAAUACCAGGCAGGCUCUGAAGGCCAGCUUCUGCUUCAACAGUAUCUCAAUGAUCUGGACAGUGCUUUGAUUCCUGUGAUCCAUGGUGGGACAUCCGAUGCUACAAAACUACCACUGGAAAUUGAAUUGAUAUUUUUUAUUAGUGAAUCUCUCAUACUAUAAUUGAUAUGUAUGUUAUGCUAUAGUGCAGUGAAUUGCUAGCACUGACCAAUACCAAAGUGGUUACAUUACACUAUGGAUGAAACAUUCAGGUUUAUCUUUUAAAAAAACCAAUGAAUUAGUAAUACAUAUUUAAGAGUAUUUUGCAUUUUAAAAAGUAAAUAUGUUCUUUAAAUUCAGAGUCGAAUUUAAAAACAUGCAGUUUUGGAGUGUUCUGAAACUUUGCACAAUAUAGACACUGAAGAGUAAAACAAGGAUGUGUUACAGUACUGAAAUAUACCCAUAUCUGUCUUUCUGGAAUCUCAUGUUGAUUCAUCUGAUUGAACCAUUCUUAACUAGUGUAUCAUUUUUUCCAGAAUGAACAUAUUUAAGUGGAACAGAACAGUUUCUAGGUCUUUAAGUUGACAUUUAAAUAUUGAAUCUGUUUAUUACUAAAGAACAGCCAUAUUUUAAAUGUCUGAUAGUUUGCACAGCUGUGUUGCCUGUCUGAGAGUAAUAGGGCAUGUUUUUGCCAGGUGUGAUAAUUUUGUAAGACUUCAUAUUUGAAACUGUCCCAAUUUUAAAUACAUCAGGUCAGUUGAAGUGUAUAAUGGUGCUUCAGAGUCUUAAAUAGUGCCCAUCUAAUCACUCUUUGAGUAGCUAAUUUUGUUAUAUAUUUAUAACAGAUUUGCUGAAUAUAAGGAUACUCUUUGUAUUAAAUACCUAGUCUUUUUUCUUCUGAAGUACAGUUUUUUCUUGGAUUUCCCAAGAAUAAGUAACAAGCUAGAUGACCCUUAAAGUAGUCAUCCUGUAGCAAUGAAUCAGGCAUAAAGCCUGUCUGUGCUCUUUUCUCUAAUUUUUUAGAAUGUUUUCUUGGUAACCCUUUUUAUUUUUAGGGAGAGCCAUGUAUUAUGUGUGAAUUUUCAUGAACAGUUUUCUGUAACAUACUUGAGGUUCUUUAUACUGUACUUAUUUUUAUACUGGGGGUAUUUGCAGUAAAUAAGCAUUUAUGUAUGAGGAAAAUGAUUGAAAUUAGUAAUUCAUCUAAGGUUUGAUAAAUUGCUUAAUUUGUUGUAGGAAGAAGCAAAUUAUGUGUGUGAUUCCAUCAAAAUGUUAUAAUAUGGGAUUGAGACAUUAAUAUGUUUUAAGAUCUAGAUGCCUUUCUGAUAUUCACAGGGCAUAUUUAUCCAAAAUGCAUAAAAUUAAUAAUAUACCUAAAACACUUUAUUAGAAAGGUGUAGGUAUUUAGCAGAGAAGAUUUUGUCCAGGAGUUAUCACUGUCAUGGCAUUCUUUAAUGUGAUGAAUUAUAAUGUGAUGAAUUAUAAUUCUGUGGACCAGCUAAAGACUACUCUUAACACUCUGCAAAAAAACCCACCAUAUCUAAGUGCUGGAGAUAUGCGAAUAGAGGAAGGCAGCUGCAACAAAGAACUUUAUGAGUUGUAAAAUAAAAUAUUGUGUAAAAGCAAUUUUCACCCAUUUUGAUAUAAUGGAUUUAUGUGAUCUUGAAAACUGAUCAUUUCAUUCAUUUUCUAGUUAUUAGCGCUAUACAGUUUUUAGUACAGUGUUAUUAAGAUUAUUAAAAUCCUUACGGAUGUAAAAAUAUUAAUUUUUAUAAAUUAACCUGACAAGGGCUCAACAACAAGACAGCCUUUAAAAGGUCUUGACAAAUCACCUGAAUUAAAAAUAUCUCAAUUUAAUGUCUGAUAUUAUUUGUACCAUCAUCUUGUCAACUGUUUCAAUAUUCUGCAAAGUAAGCAUAAAGAUCUGUUUUAAAGGUGAACAUGCUAGGCAAACUUUGUUGCAUUCAGAUUACAUAAAAAUAAGUUAUGAAGUC